AUGUCUCAACCUCGCGAUCAAAAAAUCAAUAAACUGAUGUCCGUCCUCCACCUGAUCCCCCAAUCACUCCCAAUAUACACCUUCUUCUAUCCCCUCAACAUUACCCCUCACCUCACUCCGAACCUGUACGAAAAAUACCCCUACUUUAGCGUCACUCGCGAACCUGCUGGAGUCAGUGUCUUAGCUGCCUUACCUCCGGGUGAGGAAGGCGUGGUGGUAGAUGGAGAAGUGAGGGGGUUGAAGGAGUUGGGUGAUGGUGAUGCUGGGAGGUGGUUCGGGCCUUGGAAAGCUAUCAAGAUCAGAGGACCACUGUAUAUUGGCUUGACAGGGAUAUUACAUGAGUUCCUCACACCUCUGAGAUCAGCCGAAAUCAACAUCUAUGCGAUAUCGACGUGGCCUACAGACUACAUCCUUGUGCCUUCUGAGAAACUCGACAGAGCCUUAGAUGUCUUAAAGAAAGACGGAUGGCAGGUGGUCGAACAGCCGAAUGAGCAGACCGAUGAAACGGGUAAGAAGGUAUUUUAG